AUGUCUCUCCUCGCCGUGCUCCCCGCCGAGCUCCUCGACGCCAUCUGCGAACCACUCUCCGGCCAUUCCUCUUCGCUUGCAGCCCUCGCGCGCACCUGUGCAGCGCUCGCGCCCAGCGCCACUCGCGUCCUCUACUGUUCCAUCUCCGUUAAUGCUUAUGCCCGUACCCUCCCCGCCGUCCUCACUCUCGCCGCCCGACCCAGCCUCGCAGCCCUCGUGCGCUGCUUCUCCAUCAUCCUCGACGACUCGACAGAGCUCCCACUCUUCCCCGCUUACUAUGUCCAGCUGCGCACCGCCCUGGCGUACAUGCACAACCUUUCCCACCUCGACGUGCUCGUCCCUGCUCUUGCUUCCUGGGUCCUUGCCCCUCCAGGCUCUCAGCCCUCACCAAUCUAUACCCACCUCGAGUACUUUGCAUGCGCGUUCCCGCUUGACUCCUGCACCUCUGCCUUUCUCGCUCGUACCCCAGCCCUGCGCGCCCUCCAGCUUUCCGCGUCCCCGUCUCCCACGCCCGUCCUGCUCCCCUCUACCUACAUCCCCCUCCUCAGUUCCUACACCGGUCCAGCCUCACUCCUGCCCCUCCUCUCGUCUCGCCCGCUCACCGCGCUCCACCUAGCUGGCGACCUCGCCUCAGAGGACGUCUUCUCGCAGGCCGAGGCCUCCCUCGCCGAGGACGAGCACGGGCCCGCAGGCGCCCGGGUCCAGGUCCUCAGCGCGAUCACGAGCGGCGCACCCGCCGAGUUCCUCGCCGCCCUCGCGCGCGCGUACCCGGCGCUCGUCUGUCUCCGCGUCAUGACCACCUGCGCGUUCUGGGACACGCCGGACAUGACGUGCUAUACGCGCAUCGCGAGCAUCCUCGCGUCCCUCCCGAACCUUGCCGCGUUCGAGCUCUCGGGCAUGCACUGGGAGGCGCGCCCCAAGGCCUCCUCGCCCGGCCCAGAGAAGGAGUGGAUCUCCCCGCCUGUGACGCCCCGCACGGCCCACGAGCUUGCUGCAGACCCCGCGCUCGCGGUGGAGGGCCGCGAGAGCGAGCUCGCUGCCGAGUUUGCAGCGUGGGGAUACUACUGA